UUAGACUUGACUGACAGUUCGCCACAGUUAUCUGACGAUGGAGAAUACAAAAUGGUAAUAGUAGUAAGGAAUGAUCUUAAAAUGGGAAAAGGAAAAGCAGCAGCUCAAUGUGCACAUGGUGCAUUAGGAGCUGCUGAAAAGGCCAUGAUGAAGGACUCAGAAACCUUAUAUGCAUGGAAAGCUUGUGGACAGCCGAAGGUUGUUGUGAAAACAGAUUCUGAACAAUCACUGUUACAGCUGGCUAAAGAAGCGUCUGCUAAUGGUUUGAUAUGCAGUAUUAUCAAAGAUGCUGGAAGAACUCAGAUAGCUAGUGGAUCUAAAACAGUUUUAGCUGUAGGGCCAGGUCCAGCCAAUUUAAUUGACAAAGUGACUGGACAUUUGAAACUUUAUUGACAGAAAGGGAAGGCAAAAGGCAGUCUGGAACUGACUUAUGAAGAAUUUCUCCGAGGAUGAAUUAAGAGAUUGCAACUUGAAUGCUGGGAAAGAAGAAAACUGUUCUUCUACAUUUUAUAAUGGAUUUGAAAGUCAUUAAAUGUCUCCAAGAAAUUUAGAUAUGAAAUAUUGUAUUGUUACACAUUUAGCUACUGUAACAGAUUGUUUACACACAGUUGACACAACUUAAAAUUUCUUAGACAUACAUCUGUUAUGAAUUAUUAAAAAAAAAACAUAAAAAUUAAUACAAGAAUUUGAUUUACUUAUUGAAAAUUCUGACACAAAGUUGCAGGUUAAGAUGUCAGAUCAUCUGAACUGGACCUCUUCAAAUUUCAAGAUCAUGUAAAGGGGCUGGCCUGGGUGAUAAAUUAAAUGAUGGAAAACGAUUUAAGUGAACAUACAUAAUAUUUUCUUAUCGGAAGCAAUUCUGUGAUACAAAGCUAGACUAGCUAGAGAACUAGAACAAUUCAGCGGAUGUACAAUAUCUUAUUGGAGAGAGUAUUCUGUUUGGUAUGAAUUGCCGUAGGUAAAUUGAAAAAAAAUGAACGGUUUUUAACAAUUAAUUUGUAAGAGGAAGGUUUUUAACAAUUAAUUUGUAAGAGGAGUCAAGUUAAAGAGUGGACAACCUUGCAAGCUCUUGGUGUAUGUGAUGAAGUUGUUAAGGUGUUUUAUUUUCUCACAUACAUAUAUUGAUGCUUUUCUGGCACAAAAUUAAGCAUGUUAAUGUUUCCAUCUUUUGAAAUAUCCUGCAGUAAUUCUUCCAUGAACAUCAGCAAUCGCAACUUUUCGGUCUUUUCCGUAAGUCUGCGGACCUUGAAUACAAUAGUAUGAAUACACGGAACGGCUACAGUAUUUUUGUCUAACCUGCGAUAAGAAACUAAACAUGUAAACAUAUAGUAAUUUAAUGCUUGGAGUUUUUGACAAGUUUUUUUCUCCAUUGUAUCAAGUAAAAGUCGGCCUAAACAGGGCUCAUCCUGGGGGGAAAUUUUAGGGAGAAGUGACUUCCUUGCGAAAAUUACGGAGAAGGGAAACAACCCUAUGUGUAUGCAUUAACAUGAAUGGCUAUACAUCCUUUAACUGUAAUAUAAACACAAUUAACAACACUUAUAAUAUUUCUACAGUUUAUUAAUUAAUAGUAGAUCUGGCAAUGGCAUCUAAAUGUUUUUGAGCUGCAAAUAUGAAUAAAAACAAAUAAUUUUUGAUAUCUUUUUAUCAGCUAUUUAUAAGCUUUCUCUAAAUAUUUGUUUAUAUAUUUUCAUUUAGAUUUGUUGAUAAUAAUGUGUAAGAAAAAAUAUGAUGAAUAAAUUAAUUUUAUAUUU